UUCCCCCGUCUUUUCCCGGAUCCUCCGAGAGGGGGGCCGCGGGGAGCCCGGCGGAUGCUCCUUGGGCUCCCCAGCCCCCCUGUCCCGGGCUCCCACCGGCCUCGGCGUUGGGCUCGAACCGGAGGAGGAGGAGGAAGAGGAGGAGGAGGGCUGACACCCAGAGGGGGAGACACCCAAAAAAACUUUCCCAGCCGGUUUCCGGGACGCGGGGCACGGAGGCGAGCCGGCUCGGCGGCGCGGGGCGGCCGCCGCGGGGGCAGCGGCGAGGGGAGCCUCUUGGUGGGGCGCCGUCGAGGCAUGGACGGGGCGGCGGCGACGGGAGGUCCCGCGGAGCCCACCCCGCGCAAAGGCGGCGGCGGUGCGGCCGAGGGCGGCAAGAGCCAAGCGGGAAGCCAGCAGCCGCUCUUCUCCCUGGGCUUUGAGGCCGGCUACGCGCAGCAGGCGCAGCCCGAGGAGCGCCACGACAGUACCAGCAACGGGACAGCCCGGCUACCCCAGUUGGGGACCGUGGGUCAGUCUCCCUACACCAGCGCCCCGCCGCUCUCCCACACCCCCAACGCCGACUUCCAGCCGCCCUACUUUCCCCCCCCUUACCAGCCCAUCUACCCCCAGUCUCAGGACCCCUACUCCCACGUGAACGACCCGUACAGCCUCAACCCCCUCCAUGCCCAGCCGCAGCCCCAGCACCCAGGAUGGCCGGGACAGAGGCAGAGCCAGGAAACGGGGCUGCUCCACACGCACCGGGGUUUACCCCACCAGCUUUCGGGGCUCGACCCACGCAGGGACUACCGGCGGCAUGACGACCUGCUGCACGCCCCGCACGGGCUGGGCUCGGGGCUGGCCGACUUGCCCCUCCACUCCAUCCCCCACGCCAUCGAGGACGUGCCGCACGUAGAAGACCCCGGUCUUAACAUCCCAGAUCAAACUGUAAUUAAGAAAGGCCCCGUGUCCCUCUCCAAGUCUAACAACAACGCCGUCUCCUCCAUCCCCAUCAACAAGGACGCGCUCUUCGGCGGGGUGGUGAACCCCAACGAGGUCUUCUGCUCGGUGCCGGGCCGCCUCUCGCUGCUCAGCUCCACCUCCAAGUACAAGGUCACGGUGGCGGAAGUGCAGAGACGCCUGUCGCCGCCCGAGUGCCUCAACGCCUCCCUGCUGGGCGGAGUGCUCCGGAGGGCAAAGUCUAAAAACGGAGGGAGAUCUCUGAGGGAGAAACUGGACAAAAUAGGACUAAACCUGCCAGCCGGGAGGCGUAAAGCUGCUAACGUUACCUUGCUCACAUCACUCGUGGAGGGAGAAGCAGUACAUCUAGCUAGAGAUUUUGGGUACGUUUGUGAGACAGAAUUUCCUGCCAAAGCAGUAGCUGAAUUUCUCAACCGACAACAUUCCGAUCCAAACGAGCAAGUCACAAGAAAAAACAUGCUUCUAGCUACAAAACAGAUCUGUAAAGAGUUCACCGACCUGCUGGCUCAGGACCGAUCUCCCCUGGGGAACUCGCGGCCCAACCCCAUUUUGGAGCCGGGCAUCCAGAGCUGCCUGACCCACUUCAACCUCAUCUCGCACGGCUUUGGGAGCCCGGCGGUGUGUGCUGCCGUCACCGCCCUGCAGAACUAUCUCACCGAGGCGCUCAAGGCCAUGGACAAAAUGUACCUCAGCAACAAUCCCAACAGCCACACAGACAACAGCACCAAAAGCGGCGACAAAGAGGAGAAGCACCGAAAGUGAGGAUCCCCCCCCCCCACACACACUCCUCUCCCUUCCCCCUCAUAGCCCAUUGAUCCAUUCAUCUCCCUCCCUCUCCCCUGCACCCAGCACCCCAGGCUACAGCAACAGAAUGAGCGUCCUUCUGCCAGUCCUGUUCUCUGACUCCGCAGGACUGCUCUGCCCCCUCUCUGCACCCCUUCCCAGUAUCCACAUUUCCAUUUGCUCCCUCUUAAAUCCUCCCCUACCCCUGACUCCCCAUUGCCACCAUCGAUUUACCCCAGUUUGGAGCCUAAGAGAACAGAACAGGGGGACGGAGCCAGCAAAGAAAAAAAGUUCUGUCUUGAGUUUGUGAACUUUUUUUUAAAUAAAACAAAAGGAGGAAAAAAAAAC